GUUAAGUUCUCUGUAGGCCUUCGAAUCAUGUAGAAGUACUUAGCCACGUUAAAGCAACCUCUGAAGCCCGCCCGAACCCCCCGGUGGUGGCCUCGUCACCCAGCAGCGCCCCAAAACCAGCUCCGCCCUAGGUUCACCUGCAACCUGGUCACUCACUACCUACCUAGGUACUUGUUUCGCCUGGACCAGUGCAGCGUCUCACAAUCAACUUCCCUCUUCCAACCUCUCGCUACGCCAACCUCCUCCUUUCGAAUAUCACAACGACACGACACGACAGCACUGUAAUCGCGAACUUGUUCUCCUGCACUUUCCAACCUUUCGCGCUAUUCCGACCGAUACCCUUUUGUUAUUUCCUAGCGACUUGAACAUCUCCAAACCACAGCCAAAAUGCCUGAGCAGGAAGCCCCCUACGACCCUUACAUCCCCAGCGGCCAGGCUGGAGCCCAACAACAGGGCGCUGGCGGCAAUGCUAGAACGCAGGCGCUACAAGCUCAAAUUGAUGACACCGUGGGUGUGAUGCGUGACAACAUCAACAAGGUUUCUCAACGCGGUGAGCGCCUGGAUGCUCUUCAGGAUAAGACCGACAACUUGGCCGUCUCGGCACAAGGUUUCCGUCGAGGAGCCAAUAGAGUCCGUAAGCAGAUGUGGUGGAAGGAUAUGAAGAUGCGAAUGUGUCUGAUUAUCGGUAUUAUCAUUCUACUGGUCAUCAUCAUUGUCCCCUCUGUUGUGGCUACUCGUUAAUAGCCCAAUCAUCUGUUUGGGUACCACUUGGUCCUUACGAUACACACGCUGGGACAUGACGACAUCGAAUAUCGCAAGCUACGACCAUGGGAAAUGGAACUUUUGGGCAACCGGCCAUUAUUGCAAUGGAAUAUGAUUUGAGCACGAUGGAGUUUGUUCACGUUGGGCCCCGGUCAAUGUCAUGCUGGCAGUUUUCGCUCCUAGGGUGACUUACUGAUGACAAGGUCUCAGUAUGGCUCCUGGAACUUAAGACCGGACUGGAUGUUUGAGAUUAGGCGUUCCCCGAUUAAUUGAGAUGUAUACCUUUCCGCGGAUCUUUGUCGUCAAACUCGGCUCCUCGUGUUGUGUCAUUAGUCGCAACGAAGCGGCAGUCUGCUUACCAGAUCGAAGAUAGGAAGGGCGAGUUACGGUUCAUGAUUUCUGAGGGUAGAGGAUCGGGUCAGCUCUCUAAUUCCUACAGUAUCCCUUCUUGUUAGUCUACUUCUUAAUAGGAGAUUCCUAUCGCACGGCGAAAGCCCCAGUUUCAUAGAAACCCAUGGCGAUUGUGACAAAACUUUUCUAAGGCGUGGGUAGCCGGUACUUGGAUGAACUAGACUAGACAAUGCCUCGAACAAUAGUUGCUCCGAAAGUGGAACCUGUCUGCACAAAAGGCAUCUUGUGCGUUGAGGAUGAACGAAAGAGACCCCUUACAGGCUCAAGAUUCGACGUACCGGAACCAUGGAUCCUCUGUUGGCGUCAUUUGGUAGUGGGCUUCUUCUGUAAGUGCAAGGGUAUUGUGGGUAGGAGUAGAUUGAUAACGCCGACUGAUUGAUAAUGCCUCAUCACCAUCUGAGCUUUUUGAGGAGGGGAUCAGGGAAUGUAGCCCGUGUUACUGACCUCGGUGAAUUUGCCUUGGUAGAAAGAUCUACAGCGGAUGGAUGGGACUUUUUUUUUACCAUUGUCGUUUCACUGUACAGUAGAUAUUUUGAUGUAAAUAUGAACAGAUGAUGUCAAUUUCAAGGCAAAGAAUGAUUGCUCGUCCAUACUUGAAGGCCAUCGAUGAGACGGCUGGAGUAUGAUAUUUUUCAUGAUGGAGCUUGAUGGGAAAAAUUCUGUCAUGAUGCAAUGGAGACCAGCAAGGCGACCCCGGUCAGCUAAGGUUCUGCAAGCGGU